AUGGGGUCACGUAUUCAAGACCUCAUCUCACGACAGGGUAUUCCACGAGCUGGCGAUCCGUCUAAAACUCUAUGGAAGCCCAUAUCGGCUACUGGAGGCUUCAUCGCAGAUGGGAAGUACAAGUUCUACGGGUCCAACGCCCCUGACCCUGGCGGUGAUGAUGCUCAGAUCCUGGAUAAAGGAUCCAACGUGGACAAUUUCGUCAAUCAGUUGUCUGGCAAUUUUAUCAUACUCAAGUCCGUUCCAUCUGGCACAGACGCUAUAGAUAUCCAGCUGGACGCAAGUGAUGGGUUGGCAACCUGGAUGGGUCACCUUGAUAGCCAAGGUCUUUUCAGCUUGACACUCAAGCCAGAUCCUGAACCCAGUAAGGGACCAUGGGUCAUCGAUGCCUUCAGCUUUCAGUAUAAAUCCCCAUGGGACAUCACUUUUAGCUCCAAAGAGAAAGCUUUGAAGUAUUCUUUCCCACCUCCCGCUGAAACCUUCGGCACUGAAGCCUCCGAAUCGCUUCCUCGAAUUCCAGCACCUGGCCUGGAACCAGACGGCAAAACACUCUACUUUGGAUUGGAUCCCGAUAAGACUAAACAAGACUUGCAUUCUACUGUGAAGGAUCUCUUUGACUUCUCGAAAUCUUCCAGGACACCACCUGCUCUCGUUGCAGACUGGAAGACUACCCUUGCAGUACAAGAUGCGUCUGCAGCUCGGAAACGGAAUGGUCUUUGGAUUCGCCCUUCAAGGUCUUUGCAGACAUCUAUUCGUCUUCAAUUCAGUCUUGAUGCCGCCGAUGUUGAUACCUUCGACAAGGCAAUUACCUCAACCCUGAAAGGAUUCACGUUUGACAGCCUCGAUGUCAUCUGCAAGAAAGCAGUUGUUCUAGCUGACACCGACGACGGCAAUCAACCAGUGGCUCAAGGCAAUGUCAUAUUCCAAGCCAAAUGUACCAUCAAGCCGCCAGACGGAAAGUCCGAUGUGCCUGUACUCGCUUCUGUCAGUUUCUACCAUGGAAGCUACAACAUCACCGUCCAGCUCAAUACCAAAGACGCCUUUGGAGGCAUCUUGAAAUGGUUGAUGGGUUUGGUUCCAGGUCUGAACCUGGAUUUCAUCAGUGAUUUCCUUGGUGAUGGCGAUAUGUUUGAGCAGAGCGGGAUAUACCUUCGACAAAUCAAGAUUGGGCUCAGCUGUGAUGACAAGGGACGUAACACCAAGUUGAAGAGCUUUUCUUUUGAUAUUGAGGUUGCGGCAAAAUUUGGUACUGAAACAACAGGGAUGGGGAAGCAUGCUACGCCUACUUUUCUCGUAUCAUAUGCCUGGAUGGCCGAUGGGCCGAAGUGGGGGAGCAUCAAGGGUGAACUCUGGAACUGGUAUGAUGACUCGGUUAUUCGCGACAUGCAACCAGAGUAUGAAACCACCACGGAUCUCUACCCGUUGACGGAGACCCCCGCGAAGACACUUAACCUCAUCAAGAUGAUUCCAGGUGUCGAAAUUGAGAAUGUUCCAAGCACAGUUCCGACUCAGAUCAGUAGAGCAUAUGUCACACUCAGUCGCAGUGGCGUUAGACUAGGUGGUACAAUCGAAUCACUCGCCUUUGAGUCUGAUGAUCCACCACCUAUUCCACAGCUUGAUCUUGGCCUCCUCAGUAUCGACGCUGGGUUUACUUGGGAAGGCAAGAAGGAUUUCACACUCACAGUCGCUUUCUUGGCACGACUUCAACCCGCACCAACGUCUGUGCACAAGGAGACUGCAAUUCUCAAGGGUGGGGUUGAUUACAGUAGCGGAACAGGAAAAUGGGAGCUCAAAGCUUCACUGAACUCACUUUACGCAUCGUCUUUGUAUGAGCUAUUCUGCAAGCCGAAGGGUGCGUCGACUGGCACGUCGACUGCUGAUCAUGUCAUGCCGUUGAUCGAGUCUAUUGAGGUCAAGAGCCUUAAUCUCGCCUACCACUACGAGCCCGUCAAGGACGGUGAUGACAAGGGCAAAUCUGUCGGUUCCUCUUUUGAACUCGAGGGUGUUCUCUUAGCAGCUGGUCUUGAACUUGACCUGAAGUUUCAUUAUCAACCAUCGGGAUCCUUCACAUUCACGGCAGACUUGAAGUCAGCCGAGGAGAAUGCGAGUGUUUCAGAUGUCAUCAAGGGUAUUCUUGGCGACGAUAGUCUGGAACUACCCGGCUUUCUUGAUAACAUGGCGUUUGGCAACGAGAAGGACAGCGCUAUCCAUAUCGAGGUUCUGGAAAAGGUACUGAAAGACGAACCAAAAAAGGCAUUCGAUGUGCAAGCUGCGGGUGCCAAAAAGAAGGGUUCAUUCCAGUUCGUUGCAACUUUGACGUUGGGCAAGAUAAAAUUCGCCUUUGUUCAACUCCACCAACUAGACUGGGAGUCAAAAGUCCCCUCGAAGCGCUUCUUCAAAGCUUCUCUAACAGCUGUUCCGACGAUUGAGAUCCCUUUGGUGGGAAAUCUCACGCAGCCGUUUGAAGAAAUGUAUUUCAUGUGGAUCCAAGACAAAACCAACAAGAAUCCCAAGCGAGAACCUGGUCUCACUCGUCUCGACAUUAAGAGUCUUCAAGAAUCUAUGCCGCUGACAACCAAAGAUAAGUUCAAGGAAAAGGAUGACAGUGAUCUUCUUAUGAGCGCUGGAUCCCAUUUUGGAGUCAUCAUCAAAGACUCCGAGGGCAAGUCUACCUGCAUACUUGACUAUGACUUCAAAAAGAAGGCGGAUGCUCCUGAUAAGAAGUCAAACUUUGCACUCAUGGGACUGGAAGAGGGUGAUAGUGAAUCAGAGAAGCCACCAAAGGACGACUCUGAUGGAGGGAGCGCCUCGGCACCUUUCAAGAAGAAGACCGGGCCACUAUCCAUCAACAACAUUUCCCUCAAAUAUACGGACCAAAUCCUCCGUAUUGGCUUCGAUGCGACAUUUGAACUCGGCCCAAUUGGCUUUUCCCUCUUGGGAUUCACUAUCAAUCUCAAACUCACGUCUCUCGAUCUUUCCAAGAUAGAAUUCCCCAAGUUCAGCCUAGAAGGCUUCGCAGUGGCUUUCGAAAAGACUCCUCUCACGAUCGCUGGUAUCGUUCGGCAUGGAAACAUACCCGGGCUGAAUUACUACGCUGGCGGUCUCAUCGUCGGCUGGGUUCCGUACCAACUCCAAGCAGCUGGUUUCUACGGCAAAGCCAACCCUGAAAACCAGAAAUCUUUCGUCUCGGUUUUUGUGUUUGCCAGAUUAGAUGGGCCGCUCGUAACGUUGGAGUUUGCAGAAAUAUCCGGUGUGACCGGCGGUUUCGGGUACAACUCUGAGAUUCGUGUCCCCAAAGUCGCGGAGAUCACCGAGUUUCCUUUCAUUGAUCAGUCUCAACUCAAUGGAACUGCCGGCGACGCACUCAAGACUCUUGAGAAGCUUACGGAUCCUCGGUCCGAAGCCGGAGGGUGGUUCACGCCGCGGGACGAUACGUACUGGGCAGCUGCGGGCAUGAAGAUCGAUGCCUUUCAGAUGAUCUCCCUCGAUGCUGUUGUGGUGGUCAUGUUUGGCCAGUCUGUCAAACUAGGUAUAUACGCUGUUGCUCUCGUUGACAUUCCCAAUGCCAAGUCUCCCGUCAAAUUUGCUCACGUUGAGCUUGGCAUUGGUGUAACGGUUGACUUUGACUACGGAACCAUGAAAGUGGAAGGUCAACUAUCGCCCAAGUCCUUCAUUCUGGACCCCAACUGUCAUCUCACGGGAGGUUUCGCGUUAUACUAUUGGUUUGACGCCACGCAUGCUGACAAGUCUCUCGUCGGCAACUUCGUCUUCACUCUGGGUGGUUAUCAUCAAGCCUUCAGAAUCCCAGACGAUUGGCCGAAUCCACCGCGCUUGGGCAUCAGUUGGUCUCUAGGUAGCCAUCUCAGCUUAUCUGGUGAGGCCUACUUCGCGAUAACACCUAAAGUUUGUAUGGGCGGCGGAAGAUUGCAUGCAGCUUUUAGCGCUGGCCCUAUUGAAGCUUGGUUUGACGCUUUUGCCAACUUCCUUAUCAACUACAAGCCUUUCCACUUCACGUCCAAUGCAGGCAUCUGCGUUGGCGUUCGCUUCAACAUCGACGUCUUGUUUAUUCACACACAUAUCUCCGUUGAGAUCGGGGCAGACUUGUCUAUGUGGGGACCGCCGCUUGCUGGUCGGGUGCACGUUGACAUCAAGGUGGCCAAGUUUGACAUCAACUUUGGUGCGGAUAAAAGCGUUGAGAAGGAGGCUAAUAUCGAGGAAUUCUUCCAUCUGGUUCUUCAGGCUAGCAGUCAACAGGCGAAGAGCCUGUCGACAGAAGAGAAACGCGCUCUGAUCGCCGAGGGCGAAGAGAACAUUUUGCCUGGAGUUCCCAAUCAAGGACACACGUUCCUUGCCACUUCGGGACUUCUGAACAAUAGUUCUUCCACUGAUCGAGAACAGAAUGCCGAUUGGGUCGUUCGCGGAGGAUCCUUCUCGUUCGUCGUUGGAUGCAAGAUGGCUGUCCAAGAUGCCAAGCAAGUCGACGAGAACAAAAACGUAGUCAAUUCAGUCUCAUCCAAGGGCCCUCCCAUCUACGCUCGGCCUAUGCACCUCAAAGAAGCAAUGACCAAAUCAGAGAUGAAGAUUGAGAUCGUUCAAGAUGGUGUCGCCCAUGGGAAAUGGGACAUGACUCAAGAGUACAAGCAGGUUCCAACAGGUCUUUGGGCCAAGUACGAUGCGAGCCAGGAUCCUACCAAGAGCAGUCAAGGCAACAAUAUCGACGAUUUGCUCGACAAUAACUCCGGUAGCUUGAAGCUCAUGAUGGGUGUCCUCAUGCAAGGCCCGCCACCCAAGAUGUCUGAAGAUACCCUCAAAGCUUUCAACAUCCUUGCCCAAGGUGAGAGAGUCCUCAAAGCGGAGAAGCUGUUUCCGGAAACGGAGUCGCCUGAAGAAGACUGGAAUCCCAGUAAGCCCAAAGAUGGUCCCGAGCAGUGGGAUGAUGUACAUAACAAGUGGUCUUCACCAGAGUGGAACAAUGACGGUGAUGGAGGUGACGUCCAACAGACUUUUGUCGAUUCUUGGUUUGAGACUUUUGGGUGGGGAAAGGCAUUGUCAGGCUUGGGCAAGCUGCCUAAGCUCCUGGGAGAGAGGUUUGGUGAUUUGUAUGUCGAAGCCCCACUGAUCACCAUUUAG